CUUCUUUAAUUUUUAGAUAAUAUUUAUAUAUGAAGCUGUAUUUGUUCGGGAUCAAUUAUUAUUGUUCAAUUUAAAACUAUUAUACUUCAAAUCAUUAAUAUUGUGAUAUUCAACAGAGAUAAAAGAGCUAUAUGUCUAAAAUAGUUGGUCAAAAUAGAUAUUUUUAAUUCAAUUUUCAUGGUUAUUAAUUAGAUGGCAUAUCAUUUUAUUGACAAUGUUUACACAAAGUCAUUCACGCCAAAAGAAUAUCAGGUGGAAUUGUUGGAUGCUGCUAAGAAUCGUAAUAUUAUUGUGUGCGUGGGAAAUGGUCCGAAUAAAACCUUCAUAGCAUUAAAACUUAUACAGGAAUUAUCAAAUUCAUUAAGAAAGUCAGUUAGAAAGUAUGGACAGCGUAUGGUGUAUCUGACAGCCACUGAUACAGUGGUAUCGCAAAUGGGCGUUGUAUUCCGAAACUUGACAGAUCUCAAUGUUGGAGAGUAUAUCAGCAGUGAGAAAGAUCUAGAUCUGGACCAAAACCAGGUGCUGGUUAUGACUAGUGAGGCUUGCUGGGAUUUUAUUCAAACCGGACAGCUGAAUUUCAAAAUAGUAAAUCUAUUAAUUGUAGAUGAGUGUCAUCAUUCUAUCAGGGAUCAUCCCAUGAAAAAGGUGAUGGAAGCAUGCUGGCACGUGUUGGGCAAUCCAGAGAUGCGAGUGGUCGGCCUCACCUCCCCCCUCAUGCCGGGCCCGGGAGGGGGGGAGCCAGGCAGGCUCGAGGCAGAGGUGAAGCGACUGGAGCACGCUCUGCACUGCAAGGCCGAAACUGCCAGCGACAUCGUCUCCGUUUUGAGGUACUGUUCGAAGCCAAAAGAAACAGUGAUUGAGUGUGAUAACUAUGAGUUGACGGAGCUGUGCGCUGAGUUGGAAGGGCAUGUCGCCCUCACCUACACCUUUCUCCAGGAUCACCGUUACGAUCCGUUCGAAAUUUAUGACGAAGACUUUGCUGAAGAUCUCAAAGAUAUUCCUGACCCAAAGACUGACCCUUUCAAUAUAUUGAACGAUUUCAGGGAGGUUCUUGUUUCAAUGGGACCCUUCUGUGCUGACAAAGCAGCCCUACUACUACUCAUGCAAAUAGAAAAACUCAAGGUGAAGACACCCUACGAGAGGCACUAUCUUCUUCUUUGUCUUGUAUCAUCAGUCAUGCUGAAGAUAAGGGCAAUCAUCGAUAGUGCUUUCGAGGCAUUUGACGAGAAAGAACGUAUCUAUAAAUUUUCAUCGCCAAAAAUACUGAAACUCAUUGAGGUACUCCGACAAUUCAAGCCGAAAAAAUCUGCUCAAAGUAAUGCCGUAGAUGAGAAGUCGAAAGAAGAUAGUGCAGUAGAAGAGAAAACCUUGAAUGUUGGUGAGGAAUCGAGUUGUAGAAUAGAAAAACUCGAAACUGUUGUUGAAGAAGAAAAUAGAGAGGAAUUGAACAAUUCCUCUGGAAUUGACGGUGUUUUAAAUAGUAGUAAUACUUCAGUUGAAGAAGUGAACUUUAAAAGAGUGCAAUCUGAGAGUGACGGUGUUUCAAAAAAUAGUAAUACUGUUGUCAAAUCAUAUAAUAACGUGUCAUUGUAUGAAAUUCAAUCAGUGAUUGAUGGCGUGUCAAACAAUAUUAAUACUGGUGAUGAUAGUUUUAAAAAUGAGCUAUUGAAACCUGAUGGUUUAAACUCAGAACAAUUAUCUAACGAUACUCAUAAAAAUAGUGAGCAGGAGUCUCCAUCACAUUCUUUCAAAAAUAAUUUGAAAAAUUUAUCAGAGACCGAUAAACAAACUGAAGAGAUUAAUAUUUGUAAUGGCGUUAUUGGCUGUGAUGUUGUAAUAUCCAAACAAAACGAAUCAAUACAUAACGGUAUGGUCAAUGAAGUAUCAAAUCUUAUUGGCAAUAAGUCGCUUUCUAAUGGCUGUGAUGAUGAUGAUGUUGUUUUAUCCAAAGAAAACGAAAAUUGUUUGACGGAAAAUAGUGGAGAUAGUGUAGGUUGUAAGAAUGUGGUUGACACGAUAAAUUUGAGUGUAGGUGAUAGUUUAGUAGUAAAUGACAGAUCGGAUGUAGAUUGUAGAGCAGAAGGAAGUGCAGUAGAUAGUGGAGUGGCCAGUUGUAGUCAGAGUGAGGGAGCUAUGAGCAACGACGAGAGGAGCAUAGUAGAGGAGACGUCGACUCCGUGGGAGUUUCAAGGCCGCGGCGGUAGAUGGCGCGGCAGAGGUCGCGGCUGGAGGUACCGCGGUCGAAACCAACAGCAUCCUCAUGUACCUCGAGUCAACCGCUUCAUACUGCCUGAAGAUGCUGACAAUUUGUGUGCCCUGGUGCUGGUCGAGAACAGGUUCACUGCUAAAAUACUGUCGCAUUUCUUGAAUGACUUGAAAAGGAACGACCCUGAUUUGAAUCACGUGUGUGCUCAAUUCACAGUGAGCAAAAUUGCUGACCCAGUCAAAGAGCCCAGAGAAGCUGAAAUCGAACACAGAAAACAAGAAGAAGUAUUAAAAAGAUUCAGGAUGAGAGAAUGCAAUGUGCUGGUUGGCACCUCGCUGCUGGAGGACGGAAUCGAUCUGCCCAAAUGCAACCUGGUUGUGAGGUACAACGUGCCCACCAACUACAGAUCCUAUGCUCAGUCCAAGGGCAGAGCCCGGGCUCCCGACUCCCACUAUGUGCACUUGAUCGAGAGAGAAAACUGCGACGCAUUCAUCACCGAUCUAGCUCAAUUCAUGGAAAUUGAAAAGAUGCUCCUACGACGUUGCAGCAAUCAAGAGCCUUCUGAAGACGAGGAGCGAGAAGCCGAUCUAUAUAAUGAUUGUGUCACUCCCUACAAACCCAAACAAGAUUCAGAGUCUUCUGUUACAAUGGCUAAUUCAGUCGCGUCCGUCAAUAGAUACUGUGCAAAGCUACCCAGUGAUACAUUUACCAGACUGACUCCUCAGGCCACGUUGAGAAGAAUCUUUUUCAAUGAGCAGGACAUGUAUGUGUGCACCAUUCGCCUUCCUAUCAAUUCGCCAGUCAAACAGGAUAUUGUGGGCCACCCAAUGCCGACUCGUGUGCUGGCGCGGCGUAUUGCGGCGAUGGAAGCAUGCAGAACGCUGUACGAGGCCAGAGAGCUGGACGACAACUUGCAGCCGAUUGGCAAGGAGCGCUUCCAGAUGCUGGACAGUGCGAAUGCCGUGGAAGUGGCCGCCGACCCUGACGAGCCACCACCUCAGCUCUGGGACAUCGAGCCGCGGCCCGGCACCACCAAACGCAGGCAGUACUACUACAAACGCAUUGCGGAUGCACUGAACGACUGCAGACCGAGAGAGGGCAUUGCUGCGAUGCUGUACCACCUGGACAUGACGCUCACCUGCCCACUGCCUGAGGAGCAGAACACCCGAGGUCGCAAGCUGCAUCCUCCCGAAGACUCGCCUCAGGGCUUCGGUAUACUCACGCUCAAAACCAUUCCUAAGAUUUGUCCAUUUCCAAUUUUCACAAGAUCCGGGGAGGUGCGAGUAAGCUUGAAUUUGUGCGACACCAAUGUAUCACUGGAUGAGAUUCAGAUGAAGAAAAUUCUGACCUUUUUGAAUUUCACGUUCACAAGUGUUCUGCGACUGCAAAAAUAUCUUAUGCUUUUUGACGAGAACGCCAAGGAAAACUCCUACCUCAUUGUUCCCACUAGAAAAAAUGAACAAGGUGUAAUAGAAGUUGACUGGGAUUUCUUGGAUGUGAUAUUUGUGCGUAGAACCGAAGUUCCCCACGAUAUUCCCGAUGAGCAACGUAAAGACUUCGCCUUUGAUCCUGCCAAAUAUUUGGACGCGGUUGUCAUGCCUUGGUACAGGAAUCAGGAUCAACCUCAAUACUUCUAUGUGGCAGAAAUUUGCAAUCAUCUGAAUCCGAAGUCAUCAUUCCCAGGAUAUGAUUACAAAACAUUUGAAGAGUAUUAUUACAAGAAGUAUGGCUAUUUGAUACAGAAUUGGAGUCAGCCUCUGCUGGAUGUGGAUCACACGUCGGCCAGACUCAAUUUCCUCACACCAAGAUACGUGAAUCGCAAAGGCGUAGCCCUGCCGACCAGCAGCGAGGAGACGAAGCGCGCCAAGCGAGAGAACCUGGAGCAGAAGCAGAUCCUCGUUCCCGAACUGUGCAUGGUGCACCCGUUCCCGGCAUCGCUGUGGAGGAAGGCCGUCUGCCUCCCCUGCAUUCUCUACAGAAUCAACGCUCUGCUAUUGGCUGAUGAGAUCAGGACCACCGUGUCCAGGGAGAUUGGCCUCGGAAUUAUUCAGUUGGAUCCCAAUUUUGAUUGGAAGCCUUUGGAUUUCGGCUGGAGUCUAGCAGACGUUCUGAAGAAAUCGAAAGAAGACAACGAAAGACUUGCGCAGGCCAAGAUGAAGAACCUGGCAAAAAUAACUGAUGGCUCAGAAGCUAAAGCGGACGAAGAGGCCAAACAGGAAGACGAGGAGGAGAUGAACGAGACGAAUGAAGGGGAAAAAGCGGAGAAGACAAACGAAAGCAAGGAUGAGAAGAAAGAAGAGGAUGAAAAUGAAAAGUCGAAAGAUGGAGAUGAGGAUGAGGAGGAUGGUGAAGAGAAAGAGGAGGAGAAAGAUGCGGCUUGGAUGGAGAUUGGCACCUGGUCCAAUGAGAUGGCGAUCGGGGGAGCCUUCAUGUUGGAUGAUGCCACUAUCGAUCAGUUCUCAUCUAUCAGAUACGGUUCGCCGAGCUGGGAGAUGGAGGCGGGCAUGGACUACUAUGACUCGGAGGAGUCAGCUGACUCGGAUGACUACUCGGCAGAUGAGGAGCACUCGGAGGCGGGAGCAGGGGGAGUGGGAGGGGGAAGACCAGGGGGGCUUCGCAUCAUGUUCAAGAGUGACUUCCUGGCAGAGGCCAUUGAUGAUGACGACGAUGAUGACGAUGACACUCAUUCGGAUGACGGCAGCCUCGCAGCCGACUGGCAGUGGCACGACGAGGAGGUCAUCGGCGAUCUCGAGGCUGAAAUAGAACUGGAAAGCAAGAAAUAUGGAGAGGCGGUCGUCAGAAAUGAAGAAUACAUCCGCAGAAGCAACACGUUCCUGAAGCAUGAUGAGUGCUUUGUGAUUGCCAGGAAUGAGGCGUCAAAACCGCAAGACAAUGAUGCGGCAGCCACUGAAAGGAAGGACCUGGGAUUUGCAAUUAAUGGAUAUUCCAUGCCAGAAAAGAUGAUGGAUUGCGGUACAAGUGAUAGUGGCGUAUCACUAGACAGAAGCAUAGACGGUUCUAGUAGUUCACUGGGCAGUAGUUCAAUGUCUGACGACUUGGACGUACCAGCAGAUGAGCUGACAAGUGGGUUCAGCUUCGACAGCCAGCCGGCGCUGGAAUCGCACCCGGGACCGAGCCCAAGUGUGCUGCUGCAAGCGCUGACCAUGUCCAAUGCCAACGACGGCAUCAACCUCGAGCGACUGGAGACCAUCGGCGACUCCUUCCUCAAGUUCGCCAUCACCACCUACCUCUACUGCGUCUACGAGUCUGUUCACGAGGGCAAGCUCAGUCAUCUUCGCAGCAAACAGGUGAGUAACUUGAACCUGUACCGGCUGGGUAAACACAAGAUUUUCGGAGAAAGCAUGAUUGCAACAAAGUUUGAGCCACAUGAUAACUGGCUGCCUCCUUGCUAUUUUGUUCCAAAAGAACUAGAGCGAGCUCUGAUAGAAGCUGGCGUUCCUGCCUUCCAAUGGAAUCAGGCAGAGCUGCCAUCUCUACGUGACAUGUCGACUGAGGAAAUCAACGCAAUUGUGAAAGAGAGAGGAGAGCAGCUGCAAGGCACAAUGACGGACAGCCCUCUCUCUGUGGAGAAUCUGCCCUGCUUUGUGCCCUACAACCUCAUCACUCAGCACAGCAUCCCCGACAAGAGCAUUGCUGAUUGUGUUGAAGCACUUAUUGGUGCCUAUUUGAUCGAAUGUGGGCCGAGAGGUGCGCUGAUAUUCAUGUCGUGGCUGGGAAUCAAAGUGCUGCCCUGUGAGGAAGUCAAGGUCACCGAUGACACUGCUCUCGAGAGACCCGUCGGCAGUCACUUGCCUGAUCAAAAUAACAUGCAGAUUCGUUACGGUUUUGUGAAGCCGCCACGGUCGCCGCUGCUGCGUCACGUGAGCAACCCGGAGUGCGAGCUGGAGAGACUGCUGGCCGGCUUCGAUGUGCUCGAGCGCAGCCUCAGGUAUCGCUUCAACGACCGCAGCUACCUGCUGCAGGCCAUGACGCACGCCUCCUAUCACACCAACCGCCUCACCGACUGCUACCAGCGACUCGAGUUUCUCGGCGAUGCCGUUCUUGAUUAUUUAAUCACAAGACACCUGUAUGAGGACAAGAGGCAGCAUUGUCCUGGCGAUUUGACAGAUCUGAGAUCAGCGCUAGUCAACAAUACAAUUUUUGCCUCAUUAGCCGUUCGACAUGGAUUCCAUAAGUAUUUCUGCCAUCUCUCUCCUGGACUGUCGGAGGUCAUUGAACGAUUUGUUCGGAUUCAGGAAGAGAAUGGCCAUGCCAUCAGCGAAGAGUGUUACCUGAUUGGUGAGGAGGAGUGUGAGGAGGCAGAGGACGUGGAGGUGCCGAAAGCACUGGGUGAUGUGUUCGAGUCGGUGGCCGGCGCCAUCUUCUUGGACAGUGGCAUGUCACUCGAUGCUGUCUGGAUGGUCUACUACCAUAUGAUGAAAAACGAAAUCGAUCAAUUCAGUACCAAUGUUCCUAAAUCGCCUAUUCGAGAGCUUUUGGAAUUGGAGCCUGAAACCGCCAAAUUUGGGAAACCGGAAAAAUUGGCGGACGGCCGCCGAGUGCGGGUGAACGUGGAGGUGUUCGGCAAGGGCACCUACAAGGGCAUCGGUCGCAACUACCGCAUCGCCAAGUGCACGGCCGCCAAGUGCGCCCUCAAGCAACUCAAGAAGCAGGGACUGCUCGCCAAGCGGUUCAGCUCCAGGUGGUAGACACACCAUGUAACUACCGAUUCCCCCCCCCCUCGCUUGAUACUUUCAUGGAAGUAACUGAAGUAUCAUGUCAAGUAAUCGUUUACUGGAACAACUAAUCAAUUCCCCCCUGGUGUAUAUUCUGCAUGUUUCUAUUACCAGUAUUGGUUUAGGUUGCCGUUAUUGGAUAAGCAAUAUCCAAUUGCAAAGCUGUGUAUGGAAUAUUGACUAUUGCUGUUUUCAUCAUUGUGAUACCAUCAUUGAGCAGUACUUGUAGCACAAUGUUGUUACAUAAGUAUAUUAUCAUAGAUAUUGAUUGAUUUUAUUUAUUUUGCCAGGUCUGAAGACCUAUGGCUAAUAGCAAAUUACAGAAAUACAUUUAAAACUCUUAAUCACAAAGAUAAAGAGAAAACAAAAAUAGAAAAUAUAAAUAAAAUUACUUCGUUUUUUAUUUCAUUUUAUUUUUUAUUUUCUUGAAUAGUAGAAUGAUUAUGUUUUAGAUAUUGAUGCUUGACAAAUAAAUUAUUGAUGAAUCAUAAUUAUUGGUUUGUAAAACAUAACUGUAAGUAGAAAAAUAAUCAACUCACUGUGUUGAUGAUCGUCUCGUCUUGGUUUCAUGAAACCCAUUGAGAUGUUCACUGAUGACAGAAGGCUUGGAGCCUUUGAAACGCUGGAUCAAACGCUUAAAUUGCUGAAAUUUGACGCUGCACCUGUCUUGAGGCUUGAGGCGCAUUCUGUGUGACACCACACAACGCAGCACCACACAACUAUUUCGUUCUGAAGCCGAUCAUAAAACUGUUGAGCUCUUACAGCUGUAAUCUCUGCACAUGCAUUAGAAUCGAUUUCCAUUACUACAAACGCUUAUUCCUCAGCUUUAUUAUUGUCUUUAUUAUUUGUAUGGGGCGUGGCCCCGAUUGCAAAUAAAGAUAUCACCAUUAAAUGAGCCCUCGCACAAGAUGUUGUACAAUUAUCAGUAUCACCGACUUCAGGUGUUCUGCUUCCCUUAGUGUUAUGACCAAAUUCAACUACACUAAAUAGCCUCACCUUUGAUGAAGAGGGCUCUUUCAUAUUUCUCGUUGCUAUCAUUUCUUCAUUGGUGAUUUUUUACAGCUCCUUUUGCCGCAUUUAUAAAUCUAAAUACGCGCUUCUCUGUUGGAGCCGGGUUCCCUUUUGCAAUGUUCUUUGUGUUGUAUUUGGGAUUUACUUGGCUGCAGGUUCUCUGCAGCUUACUUGUUCUACUUCAAAACUAAUAUUUCCAUCGUUUUGGUGGAUUCAUGAAGGAAGGGCUCUGAGAAUGCUUUCUAUGUACUUGACGUCUAGAUUUGACCCCCCCCUCACAGCCAUGGGAACAGUGAGCCUUUUUACACUCUUGGCAACCUUAAACUUGUGAGCAGUUUAUUUCUGUUGUCUGACAUCCGAUGUGACAUUCGAGCUAUGACGCCACUUAUUGAAAAGAUCACUGUUUACAUUUCCUUUCAGGAUUGUAGAUUCUGGAAAAAAUUAUAUACUAUAAAAAAGCGAAAAGUGACUGAUGGAUGAAUUAGUUAAUGAAAGCGAAAAAGGGACAUAAGGGAUGUGUUAGAAAUUAUUGUUUUUCAUCAGUCUUUGAUGCUGUUGCUGUUGUAGUACAAAAGAGCGAUUGAUUCUGCAAACUCAGAAGAGUGUUUGCUCCUAGCAAUGAGGCUUUUAAAAAAGCAGAAAGGUAGUUCAUUCAUCUAAUUUCAUUCCUCAAGAACUAGCAAAAUUAUGUGAGCAUCGUCUGCAAAAGCAAAAUAUUUUCAAAGCUGCGCGUUGUUCCCUUCAACGGUAGGGUAGGGCUAAUGUAACGGCUACAGCAAAGUUAUAAUUCAAACAAUGCAAGUGACAGUUGCAUGUUUAUUGAAUAUAUUUUGUUUUUAUUCCGUUGAAGAUUGGAAUAUUAUUUGUUAGUUAUAAUGUUUCUAGUUUUGCUCAGAACAAGGCUUAUCAUUGUCUGUGUUUUAUGCUCUAUCCCUUCUCUACUAUGUUAUGAAAUAAGUUUGAAUUUUAUUGUUUGAAGCUUCAUCAAAUCUGAACUACCUAACUGAUUUGAAUUUUUUAUUAUUUUUUUCUCAUUCCAAUUUUAAUGAUCAAAUCGAAUUUAUUCAAUUUGUCCUUCAAAGCCAACGAUAAUAGAAAAAUACUAUCAAAUAAUUAAUUCCCUUUCCAAGUACGCAUAGAAGCUCAGUGGCUAAAUACGCGGAGAGUAUUUAAUAAUUUUAAGAGAAUUCUGUUCCUAAUAUACUGAUAUUGAUUACUCUAUGAUUUUAUAAAAUGAUUACUCAUGACACUGAUAUGUGCUAGUAUGAUAUCAACUUUAUAUACUUACAGUUAUCCGACAUUACUAUUAUUGAAACUCAGUUGUUAGGUCUCCUAAGCCUUGACUUGCUUAACAAUUGGGCUCUGUUCAAUAUUUGCUACCAUUUUUUUAACGCCUUAUUCUACUUCACUAGGUAAUGAUAUUUUUUACUUUUAAUAUUUUAAGUUAUUAAUUUUUAAACAGACUCAAUGGUUGAUUUUAUUCUCAGUUUUAAAUUUGUUUAAAGUGUUUUUUAACAAUAAAUAGAAUAUCAUUGUCUUGCUUUUAAGAAAUACAUACUAUUACUUCAACUCAUACAGAGGUUCUGUACAAACCUUGUAACUUCACAUGUAUUAGCUCCAAAUAUUAACAUACCUCAAUUAUUUUUUGUUCCAAUUUAUAGUCGUUUUUAUAUUUUCUAAUGAUAAUUUCACUACCUCAUUUUAUGAAUAGAUUCUCUAAUCUACUCUUAUUAACUACUUUUGAAUGUUUUAAAAUUAUUUUGGUGAAUAUUGUAUUUCCUUGAAUGUAUAAAAACUUAGUCUCUCCUCUCCUUUUACAUAAUUUUUCCUUUCCUACUAUGAUUAAAUUACAAGAUCAAAUUUAAAUCUUACAAGUCCUUUUUGAAAAUCUUACAAAAAAAAAUUUUCUACGCUUUACCGUACAACAAUAACUAAUGUUUGAUUUUCAAAUAACAUUGAUGAAUUUUCUGUCAUGAUAUAUUGCUAUUUGACUUAUUCCACUUUACUUGUAAAUUUCCCAAUCAUAAUAUCUGAUCUAGCCCUCAUUUAUCGUAUGACAUUGCAUGUCAAGUGAAGGUCAGUCAAGUUCCUUUCAGUUUGACCUUGCUUUCAAUCCACUGUAUUGUAUUUUUCAUAAUCCCUUGAAUUGAUUCAUCUCUCAGACUGUGAAUGAAACAUCACUGUGAAAGAAAUAACACCACUGAUAUACAUUUUACUCAUCUGAAUGCUCAUUAGAGAUCUAAUAUAUAAUGCAAAAACAUGGUAUUUCUCAGUUUUAAAUAGUAGUUUUUCGGUUUGACAUUGAUUAUAUGUUACAAAAACUUGUAAAUAGUGCUCAGUUUUGAUGUAUUUUAAGUUUAUCGUUUUUAAAAUGAAGAUGGAAUCGAAUAGCUCUAUCACUUAAAUACAAUGAAUAACUUGGAUACAAUAGAAGCAAUUCACUUUCAAAGAGUUCUAUUCUGUGAAAUGGUUUUAUUGUAUUCAUCAUCAUGCUCUGUGAUCUCGUGAAGUUCUAAAAAUUCAAUUAUAUUAUAGAUCUUCCAUCUGUGCUCUAUUUUCUGACUAAUCCAAGCAAACCCUAUAGUAAAUUUUCAUUUAGAGAGGAUCAGAGAACAAUAUUGAUAAAUGACACUAUUGUGUUUUAGAGCAAUUGGAUGCCGCUUUAGAAUAAUGCUCCGUAUUAUUAAUAGUAGAAUUUUUAUUAGCUUUUUAGAUUAGUAAUAGUACAAGCAUUCUACUCCAAUAUUGUAUUAGGACUAGUGACUCUAAUUAUAGAUUUUGUUUGCAACUUAAAAAAAGUUUAACUGAAUACAUUUUAAUAAUUACAAAAUUUAUAUGAGUAGAGACCUUUUUAUAAGCGACUGUUGGGCCAAGCAAGCUUCGGUUGGCUAGCAACACAGAUCGUUCCGAUUACUGUGACAAUACCAUGUCCAAAACCAACAACAACAAAACUGACAACACUAGAAAUUGAUGCAAUAAAUAUUUGAUAAUAAUAGUCUGUAGUCUGUGCAAAGCUUAGAUUGCAGCAUUGCUCUUAUGGAGAACAGUGCUGUCAUAUUUCACAGAAUCCAGAGAGUCCGUGAGCUAACUGUGUGGGAGAAAGAGCAAAAAAGAGAGCGUAGGCCUUUUUGAUAGAAUCAGUAUAAAAGCGGCAACAAAAUGCUCCUGUUAUAUUGAAAUAGCAUUGGUCAUAAAGCUCCGUGUUGGAAACUAAAGGUUGUCACGGACUAUUCUCUAUGAGUGGCGGGGAUUUCAAAAACGUCGGAAGCUCCCGUGGCAGAAUUUUCUUUAAUUUAAUUCGUCAAUUGGGCCACAAUUAUUCUACACGGGGAGGAUAGGGAUUCAGUAUUGAAAACGCCAAAUAGUUGUUAUUGUCUCUUCAACUGUAAAAAUAACAGUAAUAGUAGAAAGUCACUUCUUCUAUCAACUCCUCGUUCCGAAACAUUAAUAAUUGCUUUGAUGUAGAAAAUAAAUGGUAUUAUGAUAAAGUUUGUUCUACAAUCAUUGGAAACAAAAAAUAUCCACAAUAAAUUUAUACUCAAUUAUAAAUCGGCUUUUAUAUAUUUCGACCUUAUAAUUUACCUGUUAAAUUGUGUCCUAAUUUCGAUUUUUAUCCGACAGAGUGAAGAUCAGUAGAUGCUCAUUGCCAAUAGUAAUAAUUAUUCACUUUCAACUGUGAGCAUGCCCUGUAAAUAAGGCCAACGCUCCACAUUCACCCAAUGCUGACUACAGAACUAAUCAAAAUCAAUGAGAUCAAUGAGUUGUCAGCUGGCUUUCUUGCGUUGCAUGCAAUGCAUCUUCAACUAUAACUUUUCAGCGACUUGGCCAUUUUCCCUAGGGCAUGGCAUCUAUUAAAGGUGGCUGUGCAAUAGUCCUAACAACAAUCAGAAUGAUUCUUAUAGCUGGUAGCUGAUUGCUAGGCAUCGAAACCUCACUUGGCUAACACGUUCUGAAGAACUGUUCAAAAAUGAGUGUAGAUUCCUAAGUAUAGGAUAUAGGUAAAAACAUCUCUGUUUGAUGCUACUCAUUGUAAUAUAUUUUCAAAAACCAUUUGACAACUUUUGUGCAAACGCUGCUUUAAGUGCAUUUUAUCUCUUACAAAUUCUUCUUAUUUUCUUAUGUUUCUUUCUCUGUAAACCCAAGUGAGCAAUUUUUUAUUUGAAUUUUCUCCAAAAAUCUAAUUGAAAAUUAUAAUAAUAUCACAUCUUUAAAAAAUGUAUAUAUUCAGGGUUACUAAAUCUGUUAUUUUAUAUGAAAAACUUUUCGAAAAAGGGUACUAUGAUGUUAGCUAUUUUAUAAACAAUAUCACAUCUAUUUAUAUGGUAUUCUUCUUUUCAUUAUUUGGCUCUUUACUUGGAUUUUGCUCUGCAAGAGAAGUGAAAUCUGCUUCUAUGCCGCAUUCACACCAAAGUUGUCAACUGUGUUUAAAAAAUUGCGGCAAUUUGUUGCAACUAUCUUGAAAAGCACAGUAACAUUGUUUCCUCAACUUGUGGAAUCCUUGAUUUCAACAAAAUCCUUGUUUCUCACUCAAUGUGGGAACACUGAGCAAAUUGCCAACAAAACGUUACCACUCUACAAGUUCAUGCCGACUACGCUCUCUGGGCAAAAACCUAUCAACGUUUGUUAGAAAACAACAACUUGUUUUCACAAAAAAUUGACAACUUUUUCGUAAUUGUAAACAUAAUUUUGUUGACAACUUUGGUGUAAACGCAGCUUUACGUGCAUUUUAUCCCAUACAAAUGUGUCUUAUUGUUUCUUUUUCUGUUAAUGCGAAUGAGCAAUUGUUAUUUAAUUCUUCUACAAACAUAAACAUAUUACUUGCCACCAUUACUAAUUUUCUUCAUUUUUUUCAAGUAAUAGCUGUUCAAUAAUGCACGAUUAUUUUCUUCUAUCACUUAGUCUCUACCAAGUAGACUAUUUUCAAAUACUUAUUAAAUAGCAUAUUUUAUAUAUGUUUUUUUUAAUGAGCCUAGUCUAUGAAUUUGCAAAUUUUGUUGAUAUUUAUCAAUUUUCUUUCGGUGCUUCCAAAUAUUUUCUCCAAUAACUUGUUAAAACAUAUCAUUCAGGGCCGUCUCCAUGAACAGCUCUUGAGAACUUUUUUAGCCAAAUAGGUUUUGGUUGCCUAGCUAGCGUUUUACUCAUUAGUCUCUGUUAUUGCUUGCUAGGAAAUUGAAGCAUGCUUGGAUAUUAAGGUUGUUGAGAAUCGUUCAUAAACAGCCAUCAACAGUUGCUAUCCUCACUUUGUAACUAAGUUACUAUCAAAAUGCAUCUCACUUUCAUGUACGGUAGGCGGCCUUUUCAAUUUUAAAAAUGUAUUGUUGUAAAAUGAAAUUGUUCAAUAUUUUAUACUGAAGCUCAGCAGUAGUCAUUAAUUUUUUAUCUUGAUCAUUAUUAUGUUGAAAAAUAAAUUUCCGGAGUUUGUACUUUGAUAACUGAUGGUUUGAACUCUCAAGAAUUUCUUUGAAAUAUGAAGAGCAUGAAUAAUUUAUUAUUGUGUGUGAAUUAUCUGUUCACUAUAUUAUAUUAAUUUAUAUGAGAUUUAUCAAUUUAAUUUAAGAAACGUCGAUCAGAAUCAGUUUCUUGUGAAAUCAUCUCAAUUAAAAUGAUAUUAACGCUUAAUUCUAUUGAAUAAAUAUUGUAGUAUUAAGAAAAUUAUGAACCAUCAAUUCCUAAGGCUGUUCUCAACAUAGAUGGUUAAUAGUUGUUACAAUUUUGUUUUGUACUUCAAACAACUAGUUUCCAACUAUGUCAUUUAAUUGCAACAGUCUUUUCAGGAAUACAAAUUAAUUGUCCAACAAUUUCAUGUUGACUAUCAAUCAUUUUUAUUAUUAUUCUUAGAGGAAUUAUCAUAGAGUUUUAUUACUUUAGAAUAGUAUUCCAAGAAAAUGAUGUCUAACAUUUCAAUAAUUAAAAUUUACUAUUAUAAGUAUACAUACCUAUUGUAACCUUUUACCAAUAACUACAUUCUAAUUUUCUACUCCAAUGCUGGGUUGGAUAGUCUAUCAAGAUAGUGUUUCUUAUAAUUAUUUUGGUUUAAGGCUGUGCAAAAGGCUAAAAAAAACUAUUCACUGGUGAUAUUUUUCAAAGCUUUUCCAUUUUAAUGCUAUCAAUCUAAAAAAAUGAAAAAGUCUUUCGAUUAUUACUUUUUGAAUUAAAUUAUUACUUUCAUUUUAAAUUCGAUAAGAAAUGAAUUUAAUGUUGAAGAUGGUAUUUUUGAUUGAAUAAAUCAAGAAUUUCCUGACAAUAUUAAUUUUUGAGAGAGUUUAUCAAGUUAUCCAAAAUAUCUAAACUAAAAGUUAUUUUUGUUAAAUUGAACUUUCUCAAAAAUUGAUAUUUUCAGGAAGUUCCUGUUUUUUCAAUCAAAAAUUCAAUGGAAAUUUAUCUUCAAAAUUUUAUGGAAUUAUCUCUCACUGAAUUUGAAAAGAUCUUUCCCAAAAAUUUAAACUUUAGGCCCUCAUAUCUCAAAAAAUAGUGAUAGGAAAAAAAUUUCAUUGAGAAACUUGUUUAUUUUGAUAGCUUGAUAGUAUACAAAUUGAAAAACUUUGAAAAAUAUCACCAGUAAGAAUUUAUUUUAGCUUGUUGCACAUCCUUAAAACAUUGAUCAUAGUUGGUAAAUAAUUGCUAAGUUUAAUAUUUAUACUACUCAUCAGCAACUAGUUUCCAACGUUCUUUACUUGUAAUAUUUUAUUUUAAUUUUAAAAUAAUAAGAAACUUCAGUAAAGUUGAUGAGAACAACUUCUUUUUCUGUGAACUUUUUCUUUUAUUUUCAUUCACAAUACAAUUUUUCAUAAAAAUUGAUGAGAGGAACAGAUUUCUGUUGAACCUUCCGUUCAUUGAACGAUUUCGAUUUGCAUCUCGGAAUUGAUAUUAAUGUAUUUGGAAGUAACUGCACUGAUAUUGCUCUAAAUAAUUUUUUGCAGACGGUAUUCUAUUUAUUCAUUAUACUGUAUUAUCAUAAAAUAUAUAUUAUUGAAUGAUAACUAAUUUUCUUUUGGACUUUCGUUUUAUUAUUGUCAUAAAUGUGUUUAUGAAGAAAACUAUAUUUUAAAUUUUUAUUCUAUAUGUUUUUUAUUUUGUUUUAAUUAUUUCAUUAGUUUUAUUGAAGUUUUAUUUAUACAUCAAUUUGAUAUGUAAUCCACCCAGCAGACCUUAAUGUUUAAGAUGGAUGUUGUUGCAUUCGGUGUAAUACUCGCUUAUUAAUCAAUAUUAUCGAUGUUCUAAGUGUUGACUUGAGUAGUAAUAAUAUAGAAUGCCAGCCAGUUCUCUGUACCAAUCUUCUGUACAUUUAAGUGCCAAGUUGAAAAUGUACAUUAGAUAAGGGAAUUUAGUGUGCGUUACUAGUUGUUAAGAAAUAAAUCUUAAACUGUGCAUUUUCAUGGUGUUGUAGUGAAAAAAUGUAGCUGUGACUAUAA